AACGCCUGCUUUUAAUUUUUCCCCGGUUUGGAGAAGUCAUUCUAUUUUCAUGUGUAUCAUUCUACUCAGUUAUGGCCUUAGAGAAAAAGCUGUUUUUUUUCUCCAACAGAAAAACCUCAAGAGCUUCUACAAACUCUACACUAAGUAUAACGAGAUCAGACAGUGAUUUUUUGGUGUAUCAAACAGAAUUGAUUGAAUUUGAUAUCAGGGACUGUUCAAGAUUUGAAUAUCCUCUCCAAUCAACUCUGAAGAAGAGACGAUCCAGAUCUCCAAAAGAUGAAAAGCUGCAGGUUCUUCAUGUUCAGCAGGUAGCAGAAGUGGAGCUGUUAUCCAAACAAACUUCAGGAUCUAAAAGUCUUUGUUCUUCAGAUAGUGCUGAGUGCAAAGAAAAGAACACCGCUGAAAACAAACAAAGUACACAGGAAAACAUUUCCAAAGCCAUGCCAGCUAAGCUACAAACACUCAAGUCUUUCAAAAUACAAGAAAAUACUAAAAAGGAAAAUGAAAUACCCCCUUUUAGUAAACUCUAUGAAAAGCUGAAACAUGAGAUAAAAAGGAGAAAAAUUCUACAAGAAGGAAACUUACUUCAGAAAACUGGAAAAGAAGAUGGGAAGAGUGUUUUGCUGGAACCAAAUGCUCACAUUCCAUCAAGCUAUGCUUAUGAGCUGGGAAUCACAACUAAAGAAAAAGAAACAGGUAUGAAUGAAAAUACUGAAGAAUGUAAAAUGAAUGAAGAAGUGAUCAGCUCAGAGUUGAGUAAGAGCUUAACUGUAGGAGGUGCUACCAGGAAGAGUCUUACCAAAACUCCUCAAGCUUCUGUUUUAAAGGAGAUGAAAAAAGAUAGCGGUAAGGGAAGUCAAUUGCAAGAUCGUAAGUGUAAAGGUGGCUAAUAUAAAGAUGUUGACCAAGAUAAAUAAAUAUAAAUCAGCAACGCUGAUUUGUCACUUGGGUGGCACCACCUGUGAUGCAUCAUUUCAAGUUGCUGUGGUUCACCUUGUAGAACUGUUGGUAGCUUU